AUGAAAGAGCGUUGGGUUCGGUUACACAAGCUAGAUCAACCUUGGGAUUCCGAUGUGGACUACCACAGGUUCGCCCAAGAUCCUCCCUCGGUAAUAUACUAUGCUUCGUUUCUUGGCCUAGAUGAACUAUUGGGGUUUAUGCUGUCUACGUCACUAGCAGACGUCAACGCCCAAGGAGGCGAGUAUGGCAACGCGCUACAGGCGGCAUCGGAUCGUGGCCACGAGAAGGUGGUGCAGAUGCUACUCAAUCAAGGUGCUGACGUCAACGCCCAAGGAGGCGGGCAUGGCACCGCGCUACAGGCGGCGUCAUAUCGUGCCGACGUGAACGCCCAAGGAGGCCAGUAUGGCAACGCGCUACAGGCGGCAUCAUAUCAUGGCGACGAGAAGGUGGUACAGAUACUCCUCGACCGAGGUGCCGACGUCAACGUCCUAGGAGGCCAGCAUGGCACCGCGCUACAGGCGGCGUCAUAUCGUGGCCAUGAGAAGGUGGUGCAGAUGCUGCUCGACCAAGGUGCCGAAGUCCACCCCCAAGGAGGCCAGUAUGGCAACGCGCUACAGGCGGCAUCGGAUGGUGGCGACGAGAAGGUGGUACAGAUAGAUGGUAGUCCGCGUCUUCCGUGA